AUGUCUCGCCAAAACGAACCAGUCAAGGCUGCUGCAACUGCCUCAGCCUUGAACAUCACCCUGCAGAACCAGACUACAUCUGACACGGUAUAUGCAUACAUCACCGGCCAGGCAAUCGACAACAACAAUGCCCUGUUCCUGCUGCAGUCAGAUGGCAAGACAGCCUACUAUCCAACCUCUCCCUCGGACACCAUGCAGGCUCUUGGAGCGGACUGUGCCAUUCCCCUGGGUUCAGUCGGCAACUCGGUCACAGCGACCAUACCGCACUUGGCUGGGGGUCGUCUGUGGUUCGCGAGAGACAAGACCCUCACCUUCUACUUGAACCCUGGACCAGCCUUGGUUGAGCCUUCGUCUUCCAAUACAUCUGAUGCCAACUACAAUACCUUCUGGGACUUUUGCGAGUUUACUUACAACAGCUCGCAGCUCUACGUGAACAUCACCUACGUGGACUUUGUGUGUCUUCCCAUAUCCUUGACCCUAACCAACACCUCGGGCGACUCGCAGCAUGUUGCCGGUAUGUCUGCCAAUGGCCUCGAUACUGUGUGUUCCGGUCUUAGGGACCAACAGUCCAAGGACAGCGCCGGCUGGGAUCAGCUCAUCGUUCAGACUAGUGAUGGCACGAACCUGCGGGCCGUGAGUCCGAAUACGGGUAUAGGAUUGAAUAGCUCCUUGUUUUCCGGGUAUUAUCAAUCUUACGUGAACCAAGUGUGGUCUCAAUACGCCGGCUCGACCUUGACUGUUAAUACUCAGAUAUCUUCUGGGAACGUGGGCGGAACGGUCUCGGAUAAUACUCUGAACUUUGGCAACGGAGCAGCAACAUACACGCAGCCAGCCGCUGCAGACAUCUUCAGUUGCAGCAGCGGCCCCUUUGCAGCGACAGGGGACACGGAGAAAGAUGCCAUCACUGCUCGACUAGCAGCAGCUUUCAAUAGAUCGACCCUUUUGACGGACAGCAACACGCCGGAGAGCGAAGACCCGUCCAAGUAUUAUCAGAACUCCAUUACCAAUCAUUAUGCUCGCAUCGUGCAUGCUGCCAACCUCGAUGGCCGUGGUUAUUCCUUUCCUUAUGAUGAUGUGGCUCCUACCAAUGGAGCUGACCAGUCUGGGAGUAUCCACGACCCAAGUCCGCAGUUGCUUACUGUUGCUGUUGGAGGAGGAAAUGCUUCGACAUCGGCAAGUAACAACAAGACACAGGCAUCACUGCCUCAACCUGCAGGUGGCCAGAAGUCCCGUAAUAAUAAUAAUGAUAGCAGUGGGAGCAAUAAGAACAACAAGGGAAGUAACAAGGCCAACGACAGCAACCAACAGAAAGGUCUACUUGGUUUUAUGAAACGCCUCUCCUGCUUCAAAUGA